UGGAAAUGUUUAAUCAAUUGCAAGGAUAAUGAGACCAGUAGAAUUGCGUUCGAUUAACACUGGUCAAUUAGUGGCGCGCCCAGCUACGGAUAGGUUUCUCAUAAGGAUGACACGCAGGAAAUCAUUGUCAGCUGGCGUGGGAGCACAGUUCUAAUGGACUGGAUUGCCGACUUUUUGUUUGCAGCGGUGCCCUGGCCAAGUUCAGUGAAUGGAUCAAUGGUGCACACCAGGUUCUUGGGAGCGUACAAAGGUGCAGCAGAAAAUAUUAAAGCCGCUGUCGACAAUCUGGUUCAGAAAUACCCAGAUUACAAAAUUGUGCUAACUGGCCAUUCGUUGGGCGGUGCAGAGGCCGCACUGGCUGCGGGCGACUUUGCCAUCAAGCACCCCGAAUGGAUAAGCAAAAUAGAGGCUUACACCUACGGCGCGCCACGGGUGGGAAACACUGUAUUUUCCAACUGGCUGUCCAGCCAGCCAUUCCUCAUUUUUCGAGUAAACCAGAGCGAUGUCGUUUCGCAAGUGCCGCUAGGUGUGUUGGGAUACCAGCACCACGCGCAGGAGGUUUGGUAUAAUACCAAUGACCAACUUAACUUUUGUGGUAGCAAUGGUGAGGGCGCUCCUGGCCAGAACAGUCUGACUGCUUUGCAAAUGUGGUUUUUAACCUACUUGCAGUAUCCGGGCCUGGGGUAUGAGGUAUGGUAUUUAUUUGUUGACUCUUUAAAGGUUAUAUUCUAGGAAAUGCCAAACUUGGAUACUGGUUG